AUGGACGACUUCUCGGACCAACGACCCGCACGACGCAUGCGGCUGGGGACCAAGUCGUGCGCCGAAUGCCGUCGCCGAAAGGUCCGGUGCGUCUUCCCGCCAAACGGCUCCAUCUGCCACGGAUGCUCGCUCCAUCAGACGCCGUGCCGGGCCCAGCAGCCGCGUCCGAAAGACGGUGGCCGGCCGGGCCAUGUGCAGGUCCCGGGGCUGCUUCCGUCCCAGCCCGUGUCUCAGCUGGCCGCCGACAACGCGCUGCUGCGCCGGCGGGUGGCCGAGCUCGAGGACCUCAUCGGCAGCCUCUGCGAUGCGCUCGAGCCAAGCGAUGAGGCAUCCUCCGCCUCGGCCUCUGGCGCAGCCUCGUCCACCUCAGCUUCCACCAUCGCCUCCUCGACGACCCCGGAUAUCAAUACGAGGGCGAUCCAGGUCAUCACGAACCUCAAGAACCAUGGGCUUCUGCAGAAAGAUGCGGCGCUGAGCUACAACUUUGGGCCUGCUCUUGAGCCUGUUCCUGAUACUGCCCUUCCUAAUCUCGGCGUGGCUCCCAACUCCGGCCCUCCCUCUUCGCUGCUCUCUCCAGGCUCGCUCGACCACGAAUUGUCUAGCAGUCCGCCAGACUAUGCGGACAAGUCCGUCGCUGCUGUAGAUGCGCCUCUGAUCAGCCUCUUCCGAGAUGCCCUGCUCAUCCGGGAGACCGAGGGCGAGCUUUACGACGACCCCGAGGAUCCGUCCAUGACCUUCUUGAUGAAGGAAUCCAUCAGCUCGUUCAAGCCACCCAUUCCCGACCCGGAGACGCUGCGUCUCAUCCUCGAAGACUCAAAGUUCUUUUGGCCAAUCUGGCCGACCUACUUCUUUGGCCCGGACUUUUCCAAUGCCAUGCACGCCACCAGCCUCGACGUUGCCGAAGCGUACCUGAGCCAGAUCCUCAACUACAGCCGCGGCGUUGACUUCUGCAAUGCAAUCCUCUUCCUUACUCUCUGCAUCCAGCAGCUCCCCCGUCACUGGAAGCGCAUCAUCAUCUCCCCCGACAUCUCCCGGCAGGUCAUCAUCGACACAUACAUCCGCUUUGCCCUUGUUCUCCUCGCCGUAGAAGGUGAAGCGAGCCCGCAAGUCGUGCAAUGCUACCUGCUGCUGCACAAAAUCCUCGUCAACAACGGUCGGCCGCAGAGAGCUUGGAUGGCCAUCCGCCACGGCAUCAGCGCCGCCACCCUCAUUGGCUUGGACAGACUCGAUGCCAAUGCGAGCAUCCAGAAGAAGUCUCUGUGGGCCCAGACCUGGCAAUCGGAGCGCCAGCUGUGCAUGAUGCUCGGAUUCCCCUCCGCCGUCAGCAGUCUUGGAACCAAGGAUGAUGCUUCCCUGACCCUGAUGCUCUCCCCUGCACAGACCGUCUUCCGUCGCACAUGCGUCAUCAUGGGACGUGUUAUUGACCGCAAUCAAAACUCAGACGCAAGUCCGUAUGCGGCAACCGUGCAGUUGGAUCAAGACAUGGAGGAGUUGAAGAGGACCUUUCCUCCAUCAUGGGCCAAGGAGUACGAACCCAGCCUUAAUAUGCCCACAAUCUAUUCCCAAGAGGCUGCCCAGAUAUUCUACUACUCGACUCUCAAGCAUAUUCAUCUACCAUUUAUGCUCAAGGCCAAAACCGAUCGGCGCUACGAACACAGCCGAUUGUCCACCAUGGAGGCUUGUCGAGAGCUCAUUAGAGUCUAUCUCCGCCUUCGAGGUUCGCCCAAGUCAGAAUCCGUCCAGUGCGAGCUCAUGGACUUUACCAUGUUCAGCUCCGCCAUCACACUCAUUCUGGGAAUCCUAUCCGGCUCGCCCAACACAGAGGGAUCACUGGGAGCGGUCUCUUACUACGCGGAAGAAUACCAGCUCAUAGAAACACUCAUUGGGGAGCUGAGGAAAACAGACAGCAUACUGGAAUGUACGGUGGCACGACAGAGCGCACAAGUGCUAGAGACCCUUGUAGCCGCAAGUUACGGCACAUACAAUGUGCAAGACGAUUUUACGCUCGUGGUACCGUACUUUGGAAGGCUGCGCAUCAGCCAAGGUACGAAGCCAGCCACCAACGGCAAUGUUGCUACCAUUGCCAGCAGCGUCAGCAGCCAUAACUCCACUCUCGCAAGCCCAAGCAUUGCAUCGACGGUAGAACUGUCUUCGCUGCCGCCGAAACAGGUUCCAGGAGACCCGUUCUACUUGUCCCAGCCCGCAAAUACCAUCGAGUUCAGCUCCAACGAGUUCUUGAAUACGACCUUCAGUGACUUUGACUUUCAGAUGGAUCUCACUCAGGAUUGGUGUACGAUUGUAGACACAAACGUGCAAUACGACUGGAACCAAUUAUUCAACGGUACAAACAAUAUGGAACUCCGGUAG